AUGGAUGAUAUUGGGAAUCCGUUGAUCAUGCAAGAGAUGGACUACGAUAAGUUAAAGCUUCAGGAAGAAUUUGACAGGCUGAGAAAAGGACUUAAUCCUGAACAGGAGGAUAUCUACGAGAUUAUUAACUCGGUAGAUAAAGAGGAUGGGGGUCUUUUCUUUGUCUACGGAAGCGGUGGAACCGGGAAGACUUAUCUCUGGAAUACCAUUAUUUCUUCACUACAUGCAAGGUUGCAUGUUCAGUUGGAUGCAAAUGGAUUAAUUUAUGGAUCUUCUUGUGUGUCUUAUCAAUUAUUGUCUACCUUUACAGGUAUAGAAUCUUUAUUGCUUCCAGGCGGUCGUACAGCUCACUCCAGGUUCAAAAUUCCGCUUAAACCAAAUGAGACUUCGAGUUGUAAUGUGAUUAUGCAAGAUGACCUUGCCAUGUUACUUAAAAAGACAAACCUAAUUAUCUGGGAUGAAGCUCCCAUGGUACAUCGGCAUGCAUUUGAGGCAGUCAAUAAGACUAUGAUUGAUAUAAUGUCAACGGAUGGUGAUGUUACUAAUACACCACCUUUCGGGGGUAAGACUGUUGUGUUGGGUGGUGACUUUACGAAAAUUUUGCCAGUGGUCACAAAAGGAUCGAGAGAACAGAUAGUAGAUGCAUCAAUAAGCAGGUCGCCACUUUGGGAAAAAUUUAAGAUUUUCGAACUCACUAGGAAUAUGCGAUUGUCUAACAGUGACGCGAAUCCAGUAGAACAACAAAAGAUCAGAGAAUUUUCCAAGUGGGUUCUUGAUAUCGGAGAUGGUAAGAUACCCGCUACUGCGAUUAAUGAAUCAGAAGAGAAGAUAUGGAUACAAAUUCUGGAUGAUCUUUUGAUAAGAUGUGAUCAAGACCAUCUGCAUAAGAUGGUUGAAACCAUGUACCCAGGUCUACUUGCAAACACGCAUGACCACGAAUAUCUGAGGAAUAGGAGUAUCUUAGCUCCAACAAAUAAAAGUGUAAAGGAGAUAAACGACCACGUACUGGCGAUGAUACCGGAAGAGGAGUAUGAAUUGUUAAGUGCCGAUUCAAUAGAUCCAGAAUCAGAUAAUUACCAAUCAACAGUAGUUUUUUAUCCAAAAGAAUUUCUGAAUGAAAUGGAAGUGUCUGGCCUGCCAAGCCAUAAGCUGUACCUAAAGGUUGGUGUUUCGAUAAUGCUUCUCAGAAAUAUUGAUCAAGCAGAAGGUUUGUGUAAUGGUACUGGUACUGGUACUAGGAUGGUCGUUAAGGAAGUUGGAAAAAAUGUAAUUCACGCGGUUGCAGUGACGGGAAAGGCCGCUGGAAGAACAGUUUUGAUACCAAGAAUAGUGAUGACUUUAUCAGAGACAGACCAUCCAUUCAUCCUGCGCAGGAGACUGUUUCCACUAAAAGUGUGCUUUGCAAUGAAGGUGAACAAGAGUCAGGGGCAGAGUUUGCCGAAUGUUGGAAUUUGUUUGGAUGAGCCUGUUUUCUCUCAUGGUCAGCUGUAUGUUGCAGUUGACAGAAUUUGUCAUGGUAUAUUAGAUUAA